UUGAGUGAUGACGACAAAAAGAAGUAUGCUUUACUUGAGAUUGAAAAAAUAUUGAAAAGGUCUGGAACUUCUCUCGCCAAAUUUGAUAAUAUGCCUAGACCGCCAAAGACAAGUAGCCACGAUGAAAAUGUUUUGGUGCUAGAUGAACGCAGCUAUGAGCGAUCUGCUUUGUUAGAGACUCUUCGAAGAGAUCUUCCGAAGAUGACAUGCGAGCAAAGAAAGAUAUAUGAGGAGAUUCUUUCUGCUGUUAAUAAAGGAGAUGGUGGAAUGUUUUUUGUGAGUGGUUUUGGUGGAACAGGGAAAACUUUCCUAUGGAAAUUGCUUUCUGCAGCUAUCAGAUCUAGAGGAGAUAUUGUUCUAAACGUGGCUUCAAGCGGCAUUGCAUCACUGUUGUUGCCUGGUGGUCGGACAGCACAUUCCAGAUUCGGCAUUCCUCUAAAUCCAGACGAGUUUUCUUCAUGUACAAUGAAGCAUGGAAGUGACCAAGCUAAUUUAGUGAAAGCAUCAUCACUUAUCAUCUGGGAUGAAGCCCCUAUGAUGAGCAAGCAUUGUUUUGAGGCUUUGGAUAAAAGUUUAUCUGAUAUUGUUCGGAAACACGACACCCAACCAUUCGGUGGAAAGGUUAUCGUGUUUGGUGGUGAUUUUAGGCAGGUUUUGCCUGUUAUAAAUGGUGCUGGUAGAGCUGAAAUAGUUAUGGCCUCACUUAACUCAUCCUAUCUUUGGACGCACUGCAAAGUUCUUAAGCUCUCCAAGAAUAUGAGAUUGCUAUCAGCAGGAUUGUCACCAGCAGAGGCAGAAGAUCUUAAAGAAUUUUCAGAGUGGAUAUUAAAAGUUGGUGAUGGUAAACUUUCAGAGCCUAAUGAUGGUGAGGCAGAGAUAGAAAUUCCCUCUGAAUUUUUGAUUACAGACUGUAAUGAUCCUAUAGAAGCAAUCAGCGAAGAGAUUUAUGGCACAUCAACUUCAUUGCAUGAAAAGAAAGAGGCCAAGUUUUUUCAAGAGAGAGCUAUCCUCUGUCCAACUAACGAGGAUGUAAAUACAGUUAAUGAUUAUAUGUUGGACAAGUUAGAAGGUGAAUUUCGCUAUUUUCAUCUAUUGAUUUUGCUUUCUUUGUAUUUGAGUCUUAUUAUCCAAAUUCUGUUGUUUUCAAUUUCAGGUGAGGAAAAAACUUAUAACAGUGCUGAUAGCAUUGAUCCUGCAGAUACAAGUUCUGUGAACAAUGAAGCUCUUAGUGCGGAUUUUCUAAACACAAUUAAGGUUCCUGGUUUACCAAACCAUAGUCUUAGACUAAAGGUUGGUUGUCCUGUUAUGGUUCUGAGAAACAUAGCUCCUUCUGAUGGCUUAAUGAAUGGGACGAGACUGCAGAUCACUCAGCUAAUGGAUUUUAUGGUUCAAGCUAGGAUUAUAACAGGAGAGAGGAUUGGGGAGAUAGUUGAUAUUCCUAGAUUGCUAAUAACCCCUUCUGACACCAGAUUGCCUUUCAAAAUGAGAAGAAGACAACUGCCUCUUGCUGUGGCUUUCGCAAUCACAAUCAACAAAAGUCAAGGGCAAUCACUAUCUCAAGUAGGUCUUUAUCUACCAAGACCUGUAUUUUCACAUGGUCAGUUAUAUGUUGCUGUUUCUAGAGUGACUUCCAAAAGGGGAUUGAAAAUUCUGAUUUUAGACGAAGAUGGGAAACCACAAAAACAAACUAAGAAUGUGGUUUUCAAAGAAGUUUUCGACAACCUUUAACAAAUGAGGUAAUAAGUUAUGUCUUUUCAUAUUUUUGAUGUCAUAUACAGUUUUUGUUUGGAUGUGAUCUUUAUUUUAAAAUCCAGGAAAUGUGUUUGGACUCGCCCAUUACAUAUAAAAAAAACUAUUUGUUCUUUGCAGAUCUCAGAAGUUCACGUGUUGUAUGGUGGAAGCAUGCUUGUUGGUUCACAAAGUUCUCUAAUAGUUAUGCAAACAACAUUUGUUUUCUUUUCCAACGAAUCUGGAAUGCAAUAAGUUUGUUAUUAUUUUUAUUUAGACAGAUGCAUGAGUUUUUUGGUCUUUAAAACCAUAUCGAAAUAAACCGCAUGUUUUAUAAGAUUAUCAUCAACAUAUACCCUUACCAAGCAACACUCAAGCAAGUCAAAACAAAGCAUAUUGACUAAAGCCAGGGUUCUCUAAUCUAAAACCUUAUUCUACAGUGUCCUACUUCAGAAACCUUACGACUUACUUAGAAGAGAUAAGUAAUUACUAACCGUAUUAUAAAAUGGUGAUCCCCAAUGGUUGUUGUCUUCUUUUUCAUCUUGAUAACUGAUAUUUUGACCUUUCCACGUCCAACAUCAUGCUACAGAUUUAGAACGUUUAAAAUCAGGGCUAAUCUAUGUUCAACAAACCAUGGGACCUCAACAAGAACAAAUUUGUAACUUCCUCUUGAAAAUUUAUUAAAGCAAAUAUCUAACACUUGACCUGAUUUGUCCUGUGUCGUAGUGACAACAUGGAUUCCUCGCAGGAACCAGUGGUAGUAACAGCUUGCAAUAUCAGCAUCAGCCGACUCUCCCUCUUCUUUCAUAAGUUCACUCCAUCUUGAUAAGCUG